CACUGCACUCCUGGCUUCCUCACUCGCGAGCUCUACUCGACCAAUUGACGCACAGAACAUCACCCGGUCAGGCGGUAAUUGGAGGAUUCCUGGGCUUCGUCUCUCGGAGACUCCAGCACCCAUUUCUUCCCGGCUGCCAGCUACACAGCUGAGCCGAGCGUUUGCGGGCUGCUCGGCAGACUGGUAUGGUAGAUUCCAAAUGAAAAUGUUUGAAGGUGUUGACUGUACAUCCACAAGAUCUAGCCGGGACCUCUGGGCUGAAAUCUGUUCCUGUUUGCCAAAUCCUGACCAAGAAGAUGGUGCCAGCAAUGCCUUCUCAGACUCCUUUGUGGAUUCUUACCCUGAAAGUGAAGGCCAGAGAGGGGCAGCAGCCUUUGCUGUUGAGCUACCUAUAAAGCCUUGGGCUCCCUUGCAGGAUUCAGAAAUGUAUUUAGCAUCUCUAGAUGACUAUCAUUGCAAAGUGCAGCUUGCUUUGACAUCUGAUGGCAGGAUGAUGGCACGCUCCCACCCUUCUGUGGACAUUGCAUAUGAACACACAAAACCUGUCCCUCGGCCAGAUCCUGUGCACAGUCAUGAAGAAACAAUGAUCAAGUGCUAAAAACUAGAGUAGAAGAAAAUAGUGAGCACCCUGAGCAAGAACCCAUGCUAGAACAAGGACCCAUGCUAGAACAAAAUGUUCUUUGCUAUAAAGCGCCACUGGUAUCCUCCAUGGACAGUAUCACAGAUUUCAUAAAAAACUGGAUCCUCAAAAAAACAGAUAAUAUUAAGGUUCUUUGGGGAAUCAAAGAGAA